AUGGAGAAACAAAUCAGAAAUUUUAUAAGGGAAUGCGAUACGUGCCAACGUUUCAAGUAUGAUAAUAGUGCUUCACCAGGAUUGCUACAACCACUGCCUAUCCCUGAAGCCGCCCUGUCACAAGUCAGUCUUGACUUCAUUGAAGUUCUCCCUGUAUCUCAAGGGAAAUCAACUGUACUAGUGGUGGUGGAUAGACUGACUAAAUAUGCUCAUUUUAUGUCCCUUACCCAUCCAUACUCGGCUCUCUCAGUUGCUCAGGCUUCCUUGAUCACGUGUUUAAACUCCAUGGACUUUCUACUAUUCUCAUCAGUGACAGAGAUAAGACGUGAUUCAACCGUGCAUGAUGUAAAUGAGAGUCUUUUGGCUAGAGAAGCUAUGAUGGAUGUGCUGAAAUUCCACCUGGGCCACGCUCAACGGAGCAUGAAACAACAACACGACAAGCAUCGCUCAGACCGACGUUUUGCUAUAGGUGAUUGGGUUUAUUUGAAGCUCCAACCUUACCGUCAGAACACCCUCCGUGAUAGACAAUUCCACAAACUCAGCCUCCGCUUCUUUGGACCCUUCAAGAUUGUGGACGAGUUUGGAGAAGUGGCGUACAAGCUUGCCCUGCCUGCUGAUGCAAAAUUACACCCGGUUUUUCAUGUAUCUCAAUUGAAGAAGAAGGUAGGGCCACUCUCUCUACUCCAUGGCACCCUACCAGUCAUCGGCAACUCAACUUUUUUGAACCAGUCCAGAUUCUAG